GUUGUACAAGUGUGAAGUUCAGGGAUGGUUUAACUAAACUACGCCCAAGUUUUGAGCGUAGUUUUCGUUUAACCUCGUUGUACAAACUGCGUUCAAACUUCGUUUACCAAAACCACAAUUUUCUGUUGUUGGCAACGUGCAAACAUGCGCAUAAAGAAUUAAUUGGAUAUUUGUUGUGAAUAAACUUAACCUUCAAUCAAUACUAGUUUAUUUAUAACGAUGUGCUCUAACGAAAAAAAAGUGCGUGCAGCCAAUUUUACCGCGAAAGAAGAGGCAAUAUUAACCAGUUUAGUAAAACAAUAUGAACAUGUCUUAGAGUGCAAAAAAACAGAUGCGGUUACGAACCAACAAAAGACCGAAGCCUGGUCAAAUGUUGCUCGGGAGUUCAAUGUAGUAAACGACAGCCACCGUAGUGAAGCUGUGUUAAAAAAGAAGUUCGAAAAUCUAAAGAAAAGGGUGAAAAAGAAACUGUCUGAAAAUAAAACGUAUUCAAUGGGAACUGGGGGUGGUCCUUACAAAGACACCCCAUUAAAUGACACCGAAGAGGGCAUUAAAGAUAUACUUGGCCCAAGAGCAGAGGGAUUUCAAUCACAAUUUGAUGGGGAUGCUAUUGAAAUUGAAAUACCAGAAACAGACGACCUGCAAGUUAGUAAUGAGAUGAUAGUAGAGUUUGCUAACGAUCACGACUACAGUUCGACCGUAAAACCAUCUGCAACAGACAGGGCCGGACUGGACAGGAGGGAUACCGGGAGAUUUCCCGGGGGGCCCUGA